CGAACAUUUUUGGGGUUCUAAGAACAUUUCGUGAUAGGCCUACAGGAAUGCCGGGACGGUCGGUCCCUGCUCAAGUAGGAGGGGCGGUGUCAGUUCCCAGCUUUGGCUCGAGCCCUUUCGGAUCCAGUGUUCGGUUUCUCCAGGCCUCCCAGGAGGCCCCGAGUUCCGGCCAAAACGCAAGUUUCGACGCCCCACGCGCUCCAGGGCCCAUGGCGCUGGCCGGGCUGCUCGGGCUGGCCCUGCUCCUGCGGGGCGUGCCGGCCUCGCAGGAGGCGGAGUCCUGCGAGGCCGCGGGCGGGUGCGACGAGGCGGGGCUCGCGCAGCUCAGGGCCUCCCUCGCGACGAAGGGCGGCGAUUCGGACCAGGAGGAGGGCGGCUGCAUGUCCAACGGCAAGCUGUGCACCGCGGACAAGAAGUGCUGUUCGGGGCGUUGCUCAUCAACCGUGAGAGGUGUCUGCGUCGACGGGGCCAGUCUCGCGCAGACGGAUGAGUCCCAGGGUGGCGCGACCAAUGGCGGAGCCUCCGACGAGGAGGAAGGCGGCUGCAAGUCCAGCGGCAAGCUGUGCACCAAGGACGACAAGUGCUGCUCGGGGUUCUGCGACCACAGCGUCCCCGACAAGCCCAUCGGCCGUCUGCGCGAGAUUGACCUCGUGCAGGAUGUGGGGCAGUGCCCCUGAAGAGCGUCGCGCCCUGUGCCGAGCUCCGAUCCGGCCCCCGUCGUCGGAGUGAGUGCGCGGCGCGCCCGCUAGAUCCGAAGCUGACAGGUGCUGAAAUGCAUGAGGAGCGUUCGCGCUGGAGUGCAGACGCGUGGAUAGCUGCGCGCUUUGUCCGCGCGCGCGAACCGAAGUUUGCUUCGGGCUUACAGUGGUAGGUCGGCCCUAACGGCGCCACUUGCCACGUCGUUGCCAGUUUCCGAGCGCGAUGGAAAACUCUGCCCGAAGUUUCAAAGGGAAGCAGCUUACCAAGAAAGGACAUGUUUUGCACCGC